AUAGAAAACUCUUCUUUGGUUUUCUUGUGAUAAUGCUAAUGGCUUCUUCAUCAACAUUUACCCAUUUUUUGAUGGUUUUGCUUUUCCUGUUGGCCUUUGGGAGCAUUGCUUCCUUAGCUGACGCUCGUGCAUUCUUUAUUUUUGGUGAUUCACUUGUUGAUAGUGGCAACAACAACUACCUUACAACAACUGCCCGUGCAGAUGCACCGCCUUACGGAAUCGAUUAUCCGACUCGAAGACCUACCGGGCGCUUCUCUAAUGGCCUUAACAUCCCAGACUUGAUUGGUCAGAAAAUUGGGUUAUCAGAAUCCCCAUUGCCAUGUUUGAGCCCAGAGUUCAAUGGGAAAAAGCUGCUUAUUGGUGCCAACUUCGCCUCAGCUGGUGUGGGAAUCCUUAAUGAUACUGGUGUUCAAUUUGUAAACAUACUAAGAAUGUAUAGACAGCUUGAGUUGUUUCAAGAAUACAAGCGAAGAUUGUCGGGUCAAGUAGGAUCAAGGCAAGCUCAUAAACUUGUAAACCAAGCACUCGUACUCAUCACAGUAGGUGGUAAUGACUUCGUCAACAACUACUACUUGGUGCCUUACUCUGCAAGAUCUCGCGAAUACAAAUUACCUGAUUAUGUCAAGUUUCUAAUUUCGGAAUAUCGAAGACUUUUGAUGAGGCUAUACAAGCUGGGAGCCCGAAGGGUUCUAGUGACGGGGACUGGACCAAUGGGUUGUGUCCCGGCAGAACUGGCAAUGCGGGGCACCAAUGGCGGAUGCUUCGAAGAACUACAACGCGCUGCAUCUUUGUACAAUCCACAACUUGUUGAGAUGUUAAAUGGACUGAACAAGAAGAUUGGCAAAGAUGUCUUCAUUAGUGCAAAUACUCAAAGAAUGCACAAUGAUUUCGUUAGUGACCCUCGAGCCUUCGGAUUCGUAACAUCACAGAUAGCCUGUUGUGGACAAGGACCUUACAAUGGACUUGGUCUCUGCACUCAGCUGUCAAAUUUAUGUCCCAACAGAGCUCUCUAUGCAUUUUGGGAUCCAUUCCAUCCAUCAGAGAAGGCUAACAGAUUGAUUGUGGAACAAAUAAUGACUGGAUCCAAUGAGUACAUGCACCCCAUGAAUCUCAGCACCAUCAUGGCCAUGGAUUCCAGGAUCUGACAUCAGCGCUAUUUUCUUCUUUUUCAUCAUCUGGGUGUUCCGUAAUAAUCUGUUUCUUUCAACUGUCAUAAAUGUUAUAUUUCGAGCCGGUUUGCCUUUGUUUUGUGUUGAAUGUAAUGGGGAAUUCAAAUGAUGCACAUGCAUUUGUAAUGAA